AAGGCGUCGCGCUCUGCUGCUUUUUUACCACACCGUCCGUCUGUAGUGGUUGGCUUGUUGCACGACAGCGUCGGGACAUCAAACCUUACCAGAUCGCCUACAUUAACCUAUCGAUAACUCUACGUGUUCUUUACACCGACGGUAACCCGCAUACGACCGGGCAAAUCGUGUCGUCUCUGCGCAUGGUCACGCGUGGUGCAUCUUUCCGAAUAGACGGUGUUUGGGGCUAACCGGCUAACAGCAGCUAGCUCAAAGCGACGCCAUUAGUUGGGCGAAAAUCAGCACGUCAGACCGACGACAAUAUCAACCGACUUUAAAUGAACGUCCCUCAUGUCUUGAGUUCGUGUUCCACCUCGGUUGUCGACGGCUUUUCCUUCGUUUAUCGGCCGAGAGCGGGCGUGCCGAUGUGAGGAGCUGGGCGUUAGCAUCGGCAGCUAGCUUGUUGUGACACAGCGACUGGCCGCCAUGGCGGCAGCGGGCAGCGGCGGCAGAAACUUCUCGUUCAAGGUGGUCCUGCUGGGGGAAGGCUGCGUGGGCAAGACGUCCUUGGUGCUGCGCUACUGCGAGAACAAAUUCAACGACAAACACAUUACUACUCUACAGGCGUCCUUCCUGAACAAGAAGCUCAACAUCACAGGGAAGAGGGUCAAUCUGGCCAUCUGGGACACGGCGGGUCAGGAGCGCUUCCACGCGCUGGGUCCAAUCUACUACCGGGACUCCAAUGGAGCGGUGCUGGUCUACGACGUCACAGACGACGACUCUUUCCAGAAGGUGAAGAGCUGGGUGAAAGAACUGAGGAAGAUGUUGGGCAACGACAUUUGUCUAUGUAUAGUAGGUAACAAAAUCGAUCUGGACAAAGAUAGGAACGUGUCCACGGAGGAGGCGGAGAGCUACGCGGCCUCGGUGGGGGCCAAGCACUACCAGACCUCGGCCAAGCUCAACAAAGGCAUCGAGGAGCUCUUCUUGGACCUGUGUAAACGCAUGAUGGAGGCGGCUCAGGCUGACGAGAGGUCAAAGGGCAACGGAGGCAGCCAGGCAGCGACGAGUCGGCGAGGCGUACAGAUUGUUGACGAUGAGCCACAGGCCACGCCCACUGGAGGAUGCUGCUCAUCUGGCUGACACGCGUCGUCUCACGGGGAAUAUUUAAUGAGUUGAAUCGUUAUCGCGCCCUUCAAAGUAAAAGUAGUAAUGGUCAGCGUCAUGACAUCA